GGAAGGAGGCACGUUUCCUCGAAUAUUCAAUCAAGAACCGAAAUUUCUAUAAAUAAUGAACCCUUUUCCUUCGUUCCUCUCUCCUUCUCCUUCGUCUUCGUCUUCGUCUCAGCUCUGUCUGCGCAUUUCCUCGAACACUCUCUCGAGAUUGCUGAGUGGCAGUGAUAGUGAAGAGCUGGUUUUUCUUCGAGAAGAAUUCUUGAAUUGAAUCAAAGCUCAACAUAUCGGUUAUACCGGUAUAGUCCAAUUGACAUCCUUCAGCUUGUACAUUGGACCAAGGAUCUAGAGCCAAUGGACCUGAAAUCAAAUCCAACUUCUCCUGUUCUGCCUGAAAAUACUCCACUUAACAUUUCAAGACUGGCCCUUCGCCCCAGUGUCGUGCCCUGCUUAUCCCCAACUGCAGUUUUCUCUGCUGGACUUCACCUCACAAUUCCGAGAAAAAAGACUGGAAUACUUGAUGAUGUUCGUUCUACUGGAUGGCUGGAUUCAAUGAAAGCCUCAUCUCCUCCACCCAAAAGGAUAACCAGGGAUGCAAAUGAUGAGAGUGGAGCAGCUGAUACUGAUCUGGCCUAUCGAAUUUGGAUGCUCAAGUAUCCAUCUGGACUGUCAUCUUUCGAGCAAAUAGCGAGUUACGCUAAGGGCAAGAAAAUAGUAUUGUUUUUGGAUUAUGAUGGAACCCUUUCGCCUAUUGUAGACAACCCUGACUGUGCUAUCAUGUCUAAGUCGAUGCGAGCUGCAGUUAGAAAGGCAGCCAAUUGUUUUCCAACAGCAAUAAUUAGUGGCAGAAGUCGUGACAAGGUACUAGAAUUUGUCAAACUCACUGAACUCUACUACGCCGGCAGUCAUGGGAUGGACAUUAUGGGUCCUGUUCGGAAAUCCUCUUACAAUGACCAUAUAGAGCACAGGGUGAAGCAGCGGAAGGAAGUGAAUAUAUUCCAGCCUGCUAGUGAAUUCUUACCCAUGAUUAAUGAGGUUUUCAACUCUCUUGUUGAAUCGACAAAAGAUAUUGCUGGUGCAAGAGUAGAGAACAAUAAGUUCUGCGUGUCUGUACAUUAUCGCAAUGUUGAUCCAGCAAAUUGGCCUGUGGUUGGAGGAAUUGUUCAGGAUAUGUUGAAGGACUAUCCGCGCCUACGGUUGACUCAUGGGAGAAAGGUUUUAGAAGUCCGUCCUGUUAUCAACUGGGAUAAGGGGAAAGCUGUCGUGUUCUUGCUUGAGUCACUCGGGUUGAAUGAACGAGAAGACGUGCUUCCGAUAUAUGUGGGAGAUGAUCGAACAGAUGAAGAUGCAUUUAAGGUCCUCAGGGAGGGAAAUCGGGGUUAUGGAAUUUUAGUCUCCUCAGUUCCCAAGGAGAGCAGUGCCCAUUACUCCCUCAGAGAUCCAUCAGAGGUCAUGGAGUUUCUCAAGUUACUUGUGAGAUGGAAGAAAUCAAAUGCAUUGUGAUACUGACCGACUGACCUUGAAACUUUUAAAAAGAACACUCUCAUUCACAGAUACUGCAAAAUGCCAGCAGAGUUUCCUUUUCCAGUUUUCCCGGAAAAAGCAGAGAGUAUAUAUGCUCGUACAGAAGACCCGAAAGCUUCCUGCAUUUUAAUUGUAAAGUUUCCGCUUUCCUCAUUCUUGGAGUUGCUCCGCUGUUUAGGGGUAGUUCUAGUCCUGCAUAUUUACUUGUACUUCUGCUUCAGUUUCGACCGGUAACUUCUCACAGUGAGAGUAUACAUCCUCUAGUUAUUUGUUGAUUCUUUUUCAAUUGAAUUGAUUAAUAGAAUUCCCGGAAAGGCAAAAUGUACAUGAGCCCAUCCUUAUAUAAUGUUUAAUCUAUUGAUCUAUCUGUCAA